GCGGCAAAAUGCAUUUGGCAGGAGAAAAUCAACACUAUCAGCAGGGAAUCAUGAAACUACGUGCGCGAGUUGGGUAACCAUGACGGCGAUGUCGUAUCAGAAGUUGUUAAACGUUGCCGCAUAACGUCGCCGACUUUCGGGGCUGGACCAAAAGACCCGGGUUUGUUUAACGUCUGCAGGUCUGCUACUAGUACCUCGUGCUGCCGAUGGCCAGUCACUAGUAGAACCGACCGUGACUGUGGCCGGCGCCAGCUGUUUUUCCCACCACCAGAUAUACUUAGUGACUAGCUACGGUUUCAAGCUUCAAGUUGCAUAUAGCCGUGACUUCUUGCUUCAAUUCUAAGCUUUAUGUAUUGAGGCAAUGCUUGUCAUCCCCUUACACCAAUAGCAUGCAACGAAUACCGUCAUUACUAUUCCAGUCGUCCAAAGUCUUAAAUACAACAUUGUCCCCAUCAAUCAUUUCCUCACAUCAAUAUCAUGACUUUGUUCGCUUCUCUACGCCAGGUGGCGCAGCCCGUGUACCACUCCAUUCCCCCACCAUCAUAGGCGUGGCAACCUCAAGAGGUACUCGCGGUCACCAGGAAGAUUACUAUGCUUUUGCAUCACUACUCUUGGAUCCUGACGGGCUACAGGCAGGCUUGAAGAAAACACUCGGCAUCGAUUGGACCCCGAAGAACAUCAGUGAUCCGUUAGCACGUCAGGUAGUCUUUGUCGGCCUUUAUGAUGGACAUGGCGGAUCCACCGUUUCUCAGUUUUUGCGCCAGGAGUUACAUGGGCUAUUCGAAUCCGUCGACAAGGCUCACAUUCCAGAGUUGUAUCUGUGGAUCAAAGACCAAGGGGGUUAUUUCAAGAGGUUUCGUGGGGGCGCCCUUGCUCCCUGGAUAAAUCAGUCCAAUGGAAUGCCUCCGCUAGAUCUCGAGGCACGUGCUACUCAGGCAUUCUUUGAAGUUGACCGCCUCCUCUCUAUUGAGAGUGAAGCCAAAACAUGUGGAGCGACAGCGUCCGUCGCCAUCCUCCACUCCCUUGAUACCCGCCCGUUCUUCUCAUCCACGAAUCUCGUUUUGACAGUCGCUCACGCUGGCGAUGCUCGAGUACUCCUUUGUGGCACCAAUGACUGUCUUGUCUGCCCGAUGACCGAGAAUCAUCACCCCGAUACCCUUAUGGAGGCCGCACGUCUCCGACGGAUGAUGGGUUCAUCACUUAUCACUGAUUCUUUUGGCGAGUCUCGCUGGAUGGGUGCUCUAGCAAACACGAGAGCUCUCGGAGAUCUCAAAUGGAAGCCGUACGGCGUGACUCCAGAACCAGAUGUUCGAACCAUACUAUUGGAAGGCACUAAAUGGGCGUACAUGAUCAUCGUCUCCGAUGGUGUGUCAUCCAUACUAUCCGAUCAAGAAAUAGUCGACGUUGCCCGAGGCGCACCAAGCCCGAAGAAAGCUGCCGAGCAAAUCUUAUCAUACUCCGAAGAAUUGGGUGGGGAAGACAAUGCAACGGUUAUAGUCGUGCCCUUGUCUGGUUGGAAAGAGAUUCAAGGGCCUGAUAGGACCCGCGCUCUUCGCGAAUAUCGAAGUCAGCAAGCGGUCGGAAGUGAGCGACAAAGGAGAAUGUGAUUUAGAGUUAUACCCCCCGUUAGAGUACAUAAUUCGCUAAAUCUUUGCAGAAAUUUAUUGGACUUUAUUUGUCUAGUGUUAGUACAAUGGAUCAGCCUCCUUUCGGGGGAGGUCUCUAAAUCUGCGCUACGGCAUGACCAUC